AUGGCAUCUAUCUUCACUUACGACCCAGACCCGCCGCGGGUCUCGUCCCCGUGGUCGACCUCGGGUUCAUCCACUCCACAGGCCAAGCCAGUCAAUGGACGAGGGCUUGCUGUUCGUACGCGUUCCAAUGUUAAAUUGGAUUGCGCCGACGCGGACUUUCUCUCCGACUAUGGAAUUACCAAAUUAGAGCCGGAGCCCCAAGAAGGUCCAACGGAGUACAAGCUUCACUUGCUCCUCCGGCCGCGACGCCCUUACCUAUCCAUGUCAACUGGACAUGUCGUCGCGGGCUCGUACCGUUCUCGUGUGUGCCAUUUACCCUCGUCAAGUUCGCCUUCGCCUUCGCCGUCCCAGGAUGCAACCCCCAAGCCUAUGCAGGCCAAGUCAUCCCAGAGCCGCCAGCAGCGACUGCAAGGGUUGACAACCCAGCUUCUGUGGCGCCUGCAGCAGUCGUCGCCAUUUCACUCGUCAACUACGGCGAAUCUAGUCAUCCCCGUGUUGCCAGAGGCCACUCCGAAAUUAGGCGUGCCUUCGAAACCAGCCCGAUUACUACCUGGUCUGGAGGAGAGCCAAGGUGCUCUCUACGAGAUCGGCGUUGCUGACGAUGGCACUUUUGUGGGUCUGACUCAAGAUGAGCUUGACGAAAGUGUUACCAACCUGCAAGUAAUGGCGGCGAGUCUCGGAUGUAAGGUUGAGAUUCUGCGCCGAGUUCUUGUCGGGAAAUGUGAAUGGGCGGAAGAUUCUCCAUCUGCACCGCUGGACCCAAACAAGAACAACACCGAGAGAUUGUGGGUUGCAGAGGCUUUGGUCUCGCCAGACUUGGAUUUCUAUAACAUGUCCCCGGCACGGACUCGCCAGAGCUCCCUCAACGGCUCUACGGAAGAUGCUGGAACAGAAUCAGCCGUAGAAGAGGACUACUCCCAUACUGAGCAGAUUCGCAUAUCAAUUGCUGGCCCCAGUACUGCAGGGAAAUCAUCUCUGUUAGGCACUCUGACAUCAUCAUCGCUGGACAACGGGAGAGGCAAGAGCCGACUCAGUCUUCUGAAGCAUCGCCAUGAGAUCUCGUCAGGAAUCACCAGCUCAGUCGCCCAAGAACUUAUUGGGUAUACUGAGGAUAUGCCGCCGAAAGUGGUCAAUUAUGCAUCUGGAAAUGUUGCAGCAUGGGACGAUAUUCACGCUGCCUCUACUGGGGGUCGUCUGGCCUUUGUAUCCGACCUUCCAGGCUCUAUCCGCUAUAUGAAAUCUACCUUGCGUGGCCUGGUGAGCUGGGCUCCGCACUAUGUGAUGCUCUGCGUUCCAGCCAACUGCGACGAUCACCUCGCAGAAGCAGAAGCUGGCACAGACCAUGUUGCCGAGAUCGACCUUUGUCUGGCGUACCUGGACCUCUGUCUGAAACUAGAAGUCCCGGUUCUGAUUGUUAUCACUAAAUUGGAUAUUGCAUCACGUACUGGAUUACGGGAGAAUCUCACGAGAGUACUCUCUGCUCUGAAGACGGCCGAACGCAAGCCUGCAAUGUUGCCUGCAUCUCCUGCCGGUGACAAAGUCCUUGACCUGCAACACAUCAGCGCGCUUGAUAGCAAAGAAGUGCAGAAAACCAUCGCGGCGGCAGAUGGUAAAUGGCACCAGACGGUUCCAAUAAUCCUGACUAGUGCCGUCGAUGGCUCGGGCAUCGGGAAACUCCACGCUUUCCUUCGCUACCUCCCCAUUCCCGCUCAGCCACCCCAGAGAGUGCUUCGACUUCCUCAAACACUUCCACUCGCUCACAAAAAGUCAGGAAAUAUGUUCGAUGUGGAUGAAGUCUUCGCCAUCCCACCCUCCAAAGUAUACUCCAUAUCGGCCGACAAGAACAACCAAGAAAGCCGCGGGAUGGUUCUGUGCGGUCUAGUCCGACACGGCUGUAUAUCAAUCGGCGACCAAAUGGUAAUUGGGCCUGUCCUCGUGGACACCUCAGACAGCAAUGAAACUGCCCCCCUCGGCCUCUUAUCACGCAGCAGUGGGCCUGGUCCAUCUAGCGAGUUCCCAGCAUCCCUCAGUCUACCCGGCAAAGACUCGGCCCCAUUACAAGCCAAAUGGCAACGCGUUCGCGUCGUCAGCGUUCGAGAUCUCCGACUCCCUGUCCGCCGUCUCAAAGAAGACCAAGUGGGAACAAUCGGAAUCGAGCUCCUCGCCUCCCCAGAUGACGGUCGCCUCCCACGACUAAGUCGGAUACGCAAGGGCAUGGUCCUAAAAGAGUUCAACUCGCUCCCACCGAACGAACUCACUUUACCACUUCCGCCAACAUUAACAAUGCCUUUCUAUACAGCUUUUACGGCGACCUUUCCAGCUGCCGAAUUCUCAGCAACGAACUCGCCCCCAUUACUUCUCGGGGGGAAUGCAAUCGUCUACAUGGCCAACAUCCGCACAACAGUAAGGGUAGUCAGCAUGGCGCUCGCAGAGACAGAUACCGAGCCUAGUCCACCGCCGUCACCAUCGGAGCCUGAAUUCUUCAGCUUCGAUGGCGAUGGGCCUUCGCCAGGCCGGGAGAAAGUUCAGAGUAAUAAGCCUUGUGGCUCCGUACGCCGUCGUUCAUCAGCUACAGACAUUAGCAAGGUCGUCUCUGAUGCUGCGAGUGUUGCCCCAGGGAACAAGGAAGCGUUCAGGGAGGAUGUGAGGAUUACCUUUGCGCUUGUUACUUCUGUGGAAUGGGUGGAGCUUGGGUCACAGGUUUUGGUUAUGCCGGGAGUGUCUAUGGCGAUUGCGUCGAAUGGGAAUGGGGUUUCAGUGGCAGGCGCGCUUGGGAUUGGGACUGUGGCGAUGUCGGGGUUGGAAGGGUUUGUUGGGAGGGUUUGUGAUGUUCUUCCUGGGAGAGGUGAGGGUUGA